CGAAUGGCGGCUUGUACCGGACAUGUCCCGCUUGUCAUAUGUCAAAGACGUGGCUGGCUGGGCAGCCUAGUGAACGUAGAAACGCCUAACUCCGCCCCUAAGGGACCUAGCUUCUUUUCCUAGACGAUAGAUUUCGACGCCAGCCUCGUCUCGCUCUGACCUGAGACUCUUCGCACACCGAUCAGCUUCGCGCCCCCCUUCUCCUCCUGGGGAAUGACGACGAUGAUGCCCGCUGUCGAAGUGAAUAUGCUCGUUCAAGUUGAACCAUACCCUCCUUGAGAAAUCGGUCAUCCCAUCAUAUAGUCAUAUAGUACUAGAAUCUACACCGCUCGAUCCCUAAUUGGACCCUUCAAGCAAGAAGACAGAAAGCAUAGCGAAAUAGACAGCAAAAAUGGGUGGUGAAGCCUGGUUGUUCCUCUUUGCCGUCUUUAUGGCGGCCGCGCUCUUGUUCUCCAUGGUCUUCUUUAUCAUCAUGUUCUCCGACCUCGAGUGUGAUUACAUCAACCCUAUCGACCUGUGUAACAAGCUCAAUACCUUCGUCCUCCCCGAGAUGCUCGCCCACGCCUUUCUCACGCUCUGCUUCUUGUUGACCGGACAAUGGAUAUCGUUCCUGGUCAACGCUCCUCUGGUCGGAUACAACGUCAACAAGAUCUUGACCAAGAACCACAUGUACGACGCGACCGAGAUCUUCCGGACGCUCUCGGGUCACAAGAAGGAAUGCUUCAUCAAGCUCGGACUCUACUUGGUCUCGUUCUUCUAUUACCUGUACAGGAUGAUCUUGGCUUUGAUCUCUGUGAAAGCUGGUCGCGCUACCGUUUUGCCUCUGGAUGAUUGCAAGAUGAACGAUCUGGACCUCUUCGGUCUCAAGAUGGACGAUUGA